AUGGCAGCCUUGUAUCAUAGAAAUAAGCGAGGAUUCACAGUGGAUCAGUAUUCUGUCAUUAUUCCCCAGAACACAUACUUGGACGAAGUACUCGAGCUGAUUCCUUCGCGUCUAAAUUUGAGGAACGUAGCCGACAAUCUCGAAGAUUACAGCCUCGACGCGUAUGUGCAACUUGACGACGAUAUGUUGGCGUUGUCAGAUUCGCAACUUGUGAUCAACAUCCGGGAUUGUAUCCAGGCUGUUGACGGAUACCAUUACUACGAAGCAUACCGAACAGAACCACGAAGAAAGUUCGGCUAUUCUUUCCUUUUUCGAUGCUCGCAAGAUUUCCAUGUGCAGGAUCAAGCAGCCGUUCGUUUACAAUUGUAUCGGCGUAUGCCAACUUUCUUGUGCAAUGGCCGCAUCAGUGGCAUGGUCGGUAGAGUGAAUGGUUACUUCCACUUGAACAUCGAACACUCCUGUGGGCAUGAGGCUGCACCUGCCGUCGAAAAUAACGCCGUCCCGCAAAAUGUACGUGCAUACAUCGCUGCAAAUGCCAUCGACUUGGAUGCACAACAGCUGCAUCUCAAUCUAAGACCAAUAUACACUGCACGACACCAGUUCAGAUCGGCAGAGACGCUCGUCGGCAGAGCCGCUGACAAGGGUGUCCGUAAGACAGAUACAGAGAAGAUAUCAGCAUGGACACUGCAAGAGAAUGAAUUUUGAUAUAAAAAGAUGGAAAGUUGCUUGGGGCGCGCAAGCUUUCCAUGCAGGAUUAAUUAAAUAUAACAACUAAUGAUGCUAACCGUCCAGGGAUGGAAGGCUCCAUAAAAAAAUCAUUUGAUACAUAGUGCAGAAGUUGAGAUAAUAUAACAGAAAAGGCUACAGUACAUAGCGUGCUAUUUUAUAAAGUGCGCGUGCGGACAUGGCAGUGGAUAUUUAUCAAUAGAGCUUGAUUAGCAGUGUAUUCUGGAAAACGGAUUUUGGUUCAGUUACAUGAUUAACCGCUCGGAGAAAUUAAUUUCCGAAAUCCGUUUCCGUGAUUUUUUUGAAACGGCUAGGUAGGCGU